AAUGUCAAUGCACAGUAAAAGCUGCUACAUAACCUAUAAUUUGACAAAAACUUUAUUUUCAAUGUAAGGUAUAAGCGAAAACAACUUAUAUUGUCUCUGGUACAAGAUAAUUAUCUCUUAUCUCAUGCAAAAGCAUAGUCGAAACGGUAUUUGAAGAUGGAGAAAGCUCCUAAUGAUGUCCACUUAAAAGCUAUAUUAAACAGUCCCACAAAAUACAAUAACAUACCCAUACCAGAUUGGAAUGUACCCUCUCAAUUACUAACGAAUGCUAGAAAUCCAUCCUUAAUGACGGUGGCCAUUCCAGGUUCAGCAACAGGAGAACCACAUACCAAUAUUACUAUACAAAAUUGUGUGGCGACAGUAAAUCUACAUACAAUACUAGAUUUACCACUCAUUAAUGCUAGAACAAGGAAUACUGAAUAUAAUCCUGGCAGAUUUCAUGGAGUUGUUAUGCGGUUAAGGGAACCUCGGUCUACGGCUUUGAUAUUUAAAUCUGGGAAAAUUGUUUGCACUGGCAUGAGGAAUGAACAAGAUUCUCUACUGGCAGCAAAAAAAUUUGCAAGAAUUAUACAAAAGUUGGGAUUUAAGAUUCAAUUCGCUGAUUAUGCUAUUCAAAAUAUGGUAGCGACAUGUGAUUUGAGAUUUCCGAUAAAGCUGGAACAUUUAAAUCAAAUGCAUGGUCAAUUUAGCAGUUAUGAGCCAGAACUCUUCCCUGGUGUGGUUUACAGAUUAGUAAAACCUAGAAUUGUAAUUUUGAUUUUUGUUAAUGGAAAGCUUGUUUUUACUGGUGCAAAGUCCAGAGGAGAUAUUAAAGAAGCGCUUGAAAACAUUUAUCCCAUUCUAAGGAGCUUUAGAAAAAAUUAGAAUUUGUUAUGAAAUAUAUUAUUUUAUGUUAUGCCUUUAAAUUUUAAUUGUCUCAUUUCUGCACUAAAGACAACAUUUUGGAAUAAAGCAUUUUAUUAAAUUUGACUUGAGAAUGUUUUUAUUCCUUAUAACUUUUUUCUUUACAACAGAAAUAUUUGUAGCAUUUAGCAAUAUUAUAUAGCAUUAUGUAGCAUUUAGCAAUAUUAUAUAUGUAGUAAAUAGAACACAUUAUUCAACUAGUCUUUGACCUCCAGUUAAAGUCAAUGUGAUAUUUGACAAAUUAAACAUCAGUUUAUUAUCAUAUAUUUAUAGUUAAAGAAAAUAUACUCAUUUUAAUUGUUUCAAAUAUAUAAGACUUUGUUACCUUGAAGAAAAUUAAAAUUUAAUGUUUUUGUCAAUCAGCCAAAAACAUGUCAUUUUAACCAGAAUAACGUGUUCUAUUGAUUAAAGAUAUAAUAUACCGUGUGUAGUAUAAAUUUAGCAAUAGCAAAUGGUAUGCAAAUUUGACUUAACUUGAAUAUGACUGAAUUUUUGUCAAAAUUAAAAAAUGUAAUAAUAUAUAUUCAAUUUUACAACUCACCUAAUGUAUUUGACAAUGAAUCUAUCAAAUCUAUCAAAUAAGAGUAUGGGACACACAUAAUUACAAUAAAACAUGGUCAACAAAUAGAAGGCACCUUUGAGCAAUACUUUACCUACUUUUAUUUUGCAAAUUGCAAAUAAUAGUUUUUCGAGACACAUCAAAUAAAAGUGUUUAGAUCGUAAUUAUAUAUAAUGUAAUCCUGAGGUUUCAGUAUUUAGUAUAUGGGGAAAUUUUAACUGUCGUUGGCAAAUCUUAUCCAGCUGCACAGUAUUGCUAAACUGCUAUAUUAAUUGUAUUUAACCAGGAAAUUUUACAAAAUAAUAAAUUUGGGGUUACGUAUAUAAACGACCCCUUUCACGUUUUGUAAAAAACUACAUCUUGCACCCAAAAAAAAUUCGCCAUGAUCUCAAAACAUGCAUUAAUAAAAUUCGCAUCGUCUUAAUUUUUGUAUUUCACUUUUAACAUGUACUGCAUCCAAUCUGUCAAAAAUUAUAUCAAAUUUUCAAAGUGGUAGUGGUAGCUUUUUCUUUAAUAAUUGUUGGCACUUCAAAAUAAUUAUAAACACAGUAUCACUUUUGACAGUAGUAUAAAAGAAUAUAGAAAUAUAGCAGAUUAUCUAGGAAAUGAUAAUAGAAUAGUUGGCAUCGAGGGGUGAACAAUUCUUUAAAAAAAAAAACGUUUGCGCUAACUAACAAUUUUAGUAUCUAUGGCCAGUUCUACUAAAUACGUACGUAUACUGCACCGAAGACUAUAAGAUAGAAGGGUAUACUGUUACGAA